GCGGAGCAGGAAACAUCCGAACUAGGGUUGGAGUUCCCGUGCCGGCGGCUGACGAAGGAAGGGGCAGCAGCAGUACAUAAUGGGCGUCUUUACCUUUGUGUGUCGCACCUCCGGUGGUGAAUGGAGCGCGAAGCAGCUCUCCGGGGACCUUGAGGCGUCGGCUGCUUCGACCUUUGAUCUCCAGCGGCGUCUCGUGCAGGCUGUGCUCGGUGUUGAUGCCUCCGGCGGCGUUCAGUCUUCCUUCUCGUUAGUCUCCCCGUCAUCAGCAGUAUUCCAGGUGAUAGUCGGCGGCGGCGGCGGUGCAUUUGUCAGUGGUGGUGCUCCAUCUGGUGUAGCUGCUGCUAGUUCCAGUGGUGGUGUUGGUUCUGCUCCUGAGGCACCUCCUGCUGAAGAGAAGAAGGAAGAGAAGGAGGAGAGCGACGAGGACAUGGGAUUCUCCCUCUUCGAUUAGGCUGGGUGGCAGGAGAGUAUCUCUCAAGUUUCAAUAUUUUUUUCCCUAUAUGUUUCCGAGUUUUUUGGUUGCUACAAUUCAAGGACUGAGUUUAAUAAACAAUUGCAAAGGCUUUUGACGA